AUGACAACUACCAUCCCCGACAGCGAAGCCCUGCGCAGAGCUUCGUUGCGCUAUCUAUGGAUGCACAACCGCGACUGGACGCAAAUGGCGGAGGAGGGCGAGCCGCAGAUUAUCGAGAGCGGUCACGGCGUGCGCGUUACGGACUCCGAGGGCAAGUCUUGGAUUGAUGUCAAUGGUGGCUACAACUCGGUCAACGCGGGUUACGGUCGUACCGAGAUUGGCGAAGCCGCCUAUGAGCAGAUGGUCAACUUGCACUACUUUCCGCAAGGCACGACUACCGUUCCGAUGGCGAAACUGGCGGCAAAGCUCGCCGAGAUUACUCCCGGCACGCUAUCGCGCGUGUUUCCGGUCAGCGGCGGCUCUGAGGCAAACGAGACUGCACUGAAAAUCGCGCGCGCUUAUCACAAGCGCAUCGGUGAGCCGGGGCGCUACAAGGUCAUUAGUCGGGUGGGUUCGUAUCAUGGCAUGACGGCGGGCGUGUUAUGGCUAGGCGGCAGUCCGUAUCAGCCGCGCCACGACUACGAGCCAAUUUACCCCGGAAUUGUGCACGCUCCGCAGCCUAACGCUUACCGCUCCACUUGCGGCGGCGAGACUCCAUCCGAAUGCGCGGUGAAAUGCGCCGAGGCGAUAGAGCGGCUUAUCGAGUUUCAUGGACCGCAGACGGUCGCCGCCGUAAUCGCGGAACCGGUGGCGAUACCUCAAGGGGCGGUCGUUCCGAGCGACGAAUACUGGCCCAUGUUGCGGCAGAUAUGCGACAAGUACGGCGUGCUGCUGAUCGCUGACGAGGUGAUAUGCGGCUUCGGACGAACCGGCAAGAUGUUUGCCCUGGAGCAUUGGGAUGUUGUGCCUGACAUUAUGACGGUUGCGAAGGGCGUCGUGAGCAGCUAUCUGCCGAUGGCGGCUGCAAUAGUAAAAGAAGAGGUCGCCGACGUAUUCGCGGGCGAGCGCAACAUUCUGCGCCAUGUCUUCACUGCCGCAGGGCAUCCCGUUGCGGCCGCGGCAUCCCUGAAGAACAUCGAGAUAAUCGAGAACGAAGACCUAGUGGAGAACUCCGCGCAGGUGGGCGCUUACUUCAAGGAGCAGCUGGAAGGGCUUGCCAUCGAUCAUCCCCUCGUCGGCGAUGUGCGAGGGAUUGGAUUGCUGCUUGCGGUGGAACUUGUUAGCGACCGUGACACAAAGGCUGGCUUCGCUGCCGACGCCAGAGUGCCGGAGCGCCUGAACGACAAAUUCAAGCGGCAAGGGCUGAUUUUCCGAAUCAACAGCAACAUCCUGAAUAUGGGGCCUCCGCUGUGCAUCACGAAAGAAGAAGUGGACGAGAUUGUGCAUGCGAUCGACAUCUCUCUGUGGGAACUCGAAGGCGAGAUGGGCAUAUCGCGCAUGACCUAG